AUAAAUCCUGUGGUUUUCAGAUACCGCCCCUUUUCACUGUCCGUCAUCUCGUUCUCAGCCAGCCGGCCUGAGAGAAGCUUGGUACGUGCUUGCUCCAUUCAUCAGCAUUGUAUUGACCACCAGAAAUCAAGGAAGAGCUGCAACUACCAGUGACCAUCACAGCCCAGAGAAUCCGGAGUGAGCGCUCGGCGGCAUGGCGGGCGCGCCGGCUCUCACCCUCCUCCUGCUGGUCCUCCUCCCGGCACGCCAGGCGGGCUACGCGGGCGCGGAGGCCGACGCCUGCGGGCCGGCGGCCGGAGGCGCGGCAGGCCGGCGCCAUGGCCCGGGGCUGGAGGAGUACGGCGGCGGGCGCAUCGUGGACAUCACGCACGCGUACCGGCCGGGCAUGCCGCCCGACGCGACGGCGGGCCCGCUGGUGCGGCUCAAGGAGUCGAUGGAGAACGGGUCGGACUACAACUUGUCGGAGCUCCGGAUGCACUGCCACAUGGGCACCCACGUCGACGCGCCGGGGCACAUGAACAAGGCUCACUUCGCCGCCGGUCUCGACGUCGACACGCUCGACCUAGGAGUCCUCGACGGUCCUGCCUUACUGGUCGAUGUUCCAAGACACACAAAUAUAACAGCUGAAGCAAUGGAAUCCCUAAAUAUACCAAAAGGUGUUCGUCGAGUUCUCUUCAGGACAUUGAACACAGACAGGGGGCUCAUGUGGAAGCAAGGAGGUGAUAUGAGUUUUGUUGGAUUUACGGAGGAUGGUGCACAGUGGUUAGUUGACAACACCGACAUCAAACUUGUUGGGAUUGACUAUAUAUCAGUUGCUUCAUUUGACCACUUGAUCACUGCCCAUGUGGCCUUCUUCAAAAAUGCGGAUAUCAUCCCAGUCGAAGCCCUGAAACUAGACAACAUCAACACUGGACUAUACAUGCUGCACUGCUUACCUCUAAGACUGGUUGGCUCCGAGGGUUCACCAAUCAGGUGCAUUCUUAUCAAGUGAUCACUUGGCGGCUGCUCUUGCCAAAGGCUGCAAUGUAUCGUGCCCACAGAUGCUACACCCUAGCUAAUGUCUUGGUGCACAGUCCAUAUCCGUAAAAAUAAAAUGCCUGAUGUCAUGUAUAUAAGUCUGUACUGCCAAAUCAACAUUCCAAUUUAGCAUUACUAGAAAUCAACAAUGAACUUGUAGACUCAUGGCAGUCUGGUUGCUCUGCCACUGCCACGCUGUAACCCAUGUUGAACCACAGGAGUUCAGCAACUUUCAAGUACAUGUUGGCAUGUUGCACUCAAGCAAUUUCUGCAAUAUUUUCACUUAACAUGCCUAUGAUGAAAUCUGUUAGUGCUA